CUAUUAGCUGGGUGGUGCGAUGGGCCAUCCUUUUCUUUCGAGAGGACGUGGAGAUAAUAGCUGUUUAUGUUAGCAUUCGUUCGGAGAAGCCACAUCAUGUUUGCCGAGUUGUUGGAAAUCUGAAGCAAGUAAUAAGUGAUGAAUAAUUUGGAGAGGAGCUUGGAGAAUACAUAACAGGAAUGAAUUCUCUGAACCCUAUAAUGGCAUCUGAUUCAGCUGUGGAAAUUGAAAAUCACAGUGAUAAUUCUUCAUCUGGUAGCAGCUUAUUUAAAACUCAGUGUGUCCCUUCCUCACCUAAACCGAGGCAAAGAAACCCUAUCAGAAAAUUUGUUUAUUCACCUGAAAGUGUUCAAGCAAAGGAUUCCUCUAGUGACUCAUCUUUAGAACCAAGACCAUUGACUUUAAAAGCUAUUUUUGAAAGAUUCAAAAAAAAGAAACGUAAAAAGAGGAAAUACAAGCCAACAGGAAGACCAAGGGGAAGACCAAAAGGAAGAAAAAAUACUAGACGCUCCCAAAUAAAUAGGAAACAAGUUAGAGACAAAGGAUCUGGGUUCCCAUUUUUAGAAUCAGAGAAUGAAAGAAAACCACUACCUUGGAGGAAGAUUUUAACCUUUGAGCAAGCAGUGGCAAGAGGAUUUUUCAACUACCUUGAAAAGCUGAAGUAUGAAUACUACCUCAAGGAAUCCUUGAAACAAAUGAAUGUUGGUGAAGAUUUAGAAAAAGAAGAUUUUGACAGUCGUAGAUAUAAAUACUUGGAUGAUGAUGGAUCUCUCUCUCCUAUUGAGUCAGAAGCAGAGGAUGAUCUUGCAACAAAUCUUGAACAUGAUGACGAAUGUGAUAUCAAAUUGGUGGACCAUAAUUAUUUCAUAGUAAGUUCUGAAGUACCAAAGAAGAAGAAUGUGUAUUUAGAACAAGAGGAAUAUACUGAAGAAGCAGCUGUGUCUAAAAGGAGAACAUCAAGGUCCAAAAACAUUGGACAGAGGAUAGAAUGGUCUGAAAAGGAGAUAGGAAUAUGAAUGUUAAGGUAAUCAGCACAGAGAAAAACAGCUUUUCGUAGAAAAUAAAGAUGAUAAAUGCAAAUAUAUAUGUCAGUGAUAAAAAUGAAUCUAAGGAGAAAAUAAAAAGAACCUGAACAAAUUAGUGAAACUCUGAAUUAUCAGGAAAAGCAUUUUAAAGCUGUGGAAUUGUUUACAUGUAGAAAAGAAUUAAGGCUUGCAUAGCAGAAAUAAUCAUGUGAUAAAUAAUAAACAGGAUCCUACUGUUUUUGUCCAUACUUUGUUUCAGAGCAAGAGCUUAAAGGUGUCAUUUUGAGCAAAGAAGUAUGGAGAUUAUCUCCUGAAAACCUUUAUUAUAAAUGUAAUCACUAAUGAUUGACAUCUCCUCGGGAUACCUGAAGCCGUUUUUAUCCCAGUUUUAUUCAAAGACCUGUAGUGUCAAACGUGUUAUUGUAAUAAGAACUCUCUAACUACCUAGACUGUGUCAACUACAAUUUUCUUCUCAUCACCACUGUAUAUUGCUGAUUAUGCCACUAAAUAACGCUGUAUUGAUUGCACUUGUG